AUGCAACGGAUUGCAAUUUCAUUUCGAAAGAAUAAGCUGGCAGACUUGUAUGAAAAUACUGCGAGAAUCCGCGCAAACCUGUCAUUGGCGCUACAGCUGCAUGGCAAGGAGUCUCAGAGACUUUCAAAACUUCAAAGUUGGCUCGAGGCCCCUAACGCCGCAGAUAACCACCUCCAUUCCCGUCAAAAGCAUUAUGCAAGUACCGGAGAGUGGUUUUUAAAUGGCAAUGAUUUUAUCAAAUGGCUCAAAACGCCGAAUUCCUUUCUAUGGGUGCAUGGUGCUCCUGGAUGUGGCAAAUCAGUGUUGUUUUCAACCGCAGUUGAAUAUAUCAAGAGCUCUCAGGUCAAUGGUGACCAAGACGUCGGACUUGCCUUUUUCUAUUUCGAUUUCAAAGACUCAUCGAAGCAAAGCGCCUUGGGAAUGCUAUGUGCAUUGUUAUUGCAGCUUUCGGACCAGGUACACGUGGACGACUUCGCAAAAGACCUUGGUCAACUAAAUUAUACCUCCAAGAGCGGAACAACGCCAUUGGAUGUAGAUGACCCGAUUGCCUGCCUUCACCGUGUUGCUCAGCGGUUUCCCAAAAUCUAUAUCCUGCUGGAUGCAUUGGACGAGUGUCCUCACCACAAAGAACGAGAGACUGUUUUGGCUUUCAUAGCAACGGUGCGACAGUGGGGCCUACCCGCCCUCCAUAUUUUGGUGACUAGUCACGAUGUUAUUGACAUACGUGGAUCUCUUAACCCUCAAGAGGGCCAGGAUGUUACGAUGAAGAACCCCAAUGUUGACAAGGAUAUGGCCAACUAUGUUUACCACCAAUUGACAACCAACCCAAACCUCGAACAGUGGAAAGACAAUCAUGUCGAGAUCCAAGCUGCAUUAAUAGAACGUGCACAAGGAGUGUUCCUUUAUGUGGCAUCCCAAUUGCAACAACCUCUGAAGGAGGCUCAGAUUCUGAGAGAUCUCGAUACAGUCCUUGAGGACCUGCCUCUUGAUAUGCAUGAAACUUACGAGAGACUGUUGCGUGGCGUUGGCAUGACAAAUACUGAGAAUGUGCGGCGUAUUAUGACUUUGCUUUGUUAUUCGAACCGCCCCUUGACUGGGAGAGAAGUCUGCCAUGCACUUGCGGUUGAUCUUCGAAACCCGGCGCGUUUAGACCUUGAAAAAGGACUGCUCACCGAACGCAAACUUCGCAAAAUCUGUGGCAGCUUGAUUGAGAUUACGCAGACAAAAAUCAUCACACCCUUUAAGACUCCAGCUGCCAAGAUUGCAAUUGUCAAUAUUGCUCAUUCCUUGGUUCAACAAUACCUUGAGUCGGAUGCUAUCCGGAGACAUGAAGUGGCCGCGUUUGCAAUCGACCGUGUCUCCGCAAACAGAGAACUUGCACAGAUAUGUCUAGUGUACCUGAAAUCCGCCCUUUCAGAUGAGACAACCGGCCAAAGAGAUGAAAAGUUUCCAUUCGCUCCGUUCGCUGCUAUGGAAUGGUUUCAUUACUACGCAGCCUGUCAGAAUAAAGAUUCUGACCUCAAGGAUCUUGCGUUUGACCUGUUUCACGAUGGCAAAGGCGGUUGCUUUAGCGCUUGGGUUGACCUCAAUGAUGUGGAUACUGCAUGGGGCACUUUUGCAAUUUCCGAACAGGUGAUGCAUCAUAGGGGACCGCCUAUAUAUUACGCAAGUCUUCUUGGACUUGACGACAUUGCCGAAAGGAUAGUGGCAACAGAUUGUGAUAUAAACGCCCAGGGUGGGAGAUAUGGCAAUGCACUCCGGGUGGCAUCUUUGAAAGGACACACGGCAGUGGUGCAAGUUUUGCUCAAGUAUCAAGCUGAUGUCAAUAUCCAGAGUGGAGAAUGUGGUACUGCACUCCUGGCGGCAUCUUUGACAGGUCAUAAGGAUGUGGUGGAUGUUUUGCUAAGCCACAACGCCGAUGUCAACAUCCAAAGUGGAGACUAUGGCACUGCACUCCAGGCGGCCUCUUGUAAAGGCCACAAGGAAGUAGUGCAGGCCUUGCUCAAGUCCGAAGCCGAUAUCAACGCCCAGGGUGGAAGAUAUGGCAAUGCACUCCGAGUGGCAUCACUCUAUGGCCACAAGGAAGUGAUGCAGCUGUUACUAGAACACGGUGCGCAGAUCAGCCCUAACGGCCUGAGUCAAGAACUUCAGACCGCGUCCAUCCGCGGCGACGAAAAAAGGGUGGACGAACUCCUGAAUUUGGGCCAACAAAUCUCGAAUGACCAUGUCCAAAUUGCUAUAGAUUCGGCACUGCUAUAUGCGUCGCUCAUCUGCCAUGAGAAUGCGGUGAAGCUUCUCCUGAAGAAAGGUGCCAACGUCAAUGCUCGAGGUGGAAAUCUCGGUAAUCCACUCUAUUGCGCAUCGUUGACUCAGCGAGAGAUGCUUGGGCAGGCGGCAUACCAAUUUCUAAGAGAGGGUAUGGAGGGAUUUGCAGUAAAGACGCUUACCGCUGGGAAUGCGCGUGCAGCUUCGCUCAUGAGUCCAAUCCUACACGAAGAAGGAAGCAUACGGCGAUUGUUUGAGAUUAUGACGGCAAUGUUUGUGGAUGAUUUAUCUACGAACGGUUCUCCCCAAGGAGAUGCACUUCUGAAUCUAGCACUCGAAAACUCGGAGAAAGUGGUGGAGAUACUACUGGCCAAUGGCGCUGACGUGAACGCCCGAGGUGGAAAAUACAGUAACGCACUGCAAGCUGCAUCUCAUAUUGGAAAUGAAAAGGCGGUCAAAAUACUAUUGGCCAAGGGUGCUGAUGUGAAUGCUAAAGGCGGAUUUCAUGGUAGCGCGCUCAAGGCCGCUUUAGCGGGAGGUCAUAAACGGGUGGAGCAGAUAUGA